UGUUGGCUCGUGAACUUUGACGACAAGAUCAUGGUUUGAUCUGAGCAGUAGGAUAACAACACAGCAGAGACCAGCAAACACCUGCAGGAAUAACAUUUAUCAGAAAGAUAUAUGCAGCAACAGAGACGGCGGAAGAUCUCUGAAUGUUCGGGAACACCAGAAGAAUGAGAAACGAAUCGUGGAUGUAUCACUGUGACUUCUUUGGAGGACGACUUGAGGUGUUGCCUUCUAGCUCUCAGGCUAAUAUGCAGCUUUAAAGAGGCUGCUAUUGCACAAAAACUGAUUUUAUAAACCAUAUUUCGACUGGUACCACUUUAGGCCUUUCGCAUGUAGUCGAAGUCAUGUUGACCUUUCAUUUUACAAGCGUGGCUGGCUAGUUAAGAAGAUUCAAAAGUACCGACUGGGUGGCGAAGCUAUCAGCCGUAAACAAAGCACUCCCUGUCGGCUUGAGUGCCGACGCAAUACCGCGGUUUGAUGUUUGGCCUAACGAGGGAGGCUACUUCACCUAGCUAUCGCUAACUGGGUUAGCAGGCCGUUUCAGAUGGUCGUUAUAGUAAGAUACAGCUGUGAAAUCACUUUUAAGUUUCGUUUUGACGAGGGCUUUCAUUUUAAUUAACAUAUAGCAGCGCCGGCGUUCGCUAAAGACGGCUAAACUGCUAAUUAGCUUAUUUGUCGUUUCCAGUGUAUUAGCAUGUAAAUUACUGUAUUUUAUAAUUAUUCGAGAAAAAAAAAUACUGCUGGUUUAAAGAGCAUUUUACUUUUCUAACCUGAGGUACGGAGGUGCUGGAGAAAUUUAUUUUCGUUGUUUAAUUAUUUAGUUUGAAAAGUGUUGGGAAGAAAACAUAACGAAAUUAUCACCUUCAUUUGCCACAAAGCAAUAUGAAAUUUAGGAUUGUUUUGUUUAGCAGCUUCAAACCAAAAUAUAUUAUCUUUGCAAAAAAGCAGCGAUAAUUCAAUUUAAGUUGUGAUCUCGUUAAAAAAAACUUCUUUGAUUAUUAACAAAGAAUUUAAGUUAAGCAUUGCUUUUUCUUUUCAUGUACAUCUCAUAACAUUAUCAAACUAAUUUUACUUUCCUGUUACAUUUUAACAUUUUCCCUGCAACUUUGUGGUGCACCAAUAUCCUGGAUUAUUCCAGUUUAUUUCAAAGUCACACUACCCACAUGGGUGUAAAAUGUCACAAAGGGUUGUUUCCAAUGCCUGAGCUUUGCAGACAGUAAACGGUGCUGAAGUCGCUGACCUCUUGAUGCACCGCGAGACAGUCAUUCAUCAUUGAUGAUCUUUGUGAAAACUGUCUACGCGAUGGCAGCAUUGAACUGCCAACAGCCUGAUUUUUAAUCAUAUAAUCUAAUGUAGUCUUGGGAGCUAAGGAUCAGAUUAAGGUGAUAUUUUUUUAGCGCCACUUUGUCUUUAUGAGGUACUGAAGUCAUGGGAAAACGCAGAUCAUUCUGACUGGCUGAAAUUAGCCUCUUAAAAACUGAUACACAUUAGUGUGGAGAGCCACAUUGUGUGGACCGAAAACUGAAGAAGAAGAAGAAAGAGAUGAUGAUGAUGGAAAUGACCCAGUGACAGACUUGAUCCUGCACCAGCACACAGAUAUGAGUCUCCGUCAACCCACAUCCACCCUGGACAGUCCUUUUGCUGCCUGGCUCAGCAGCCUGACCAUCGGAGACUCGGACAGCAAGUCCACUGCUGCCCAGCAGAGGGAGCCAACAAGUGAUACUGCUGCAGAAAGUACAGGCCCUGGUCUCAUCCAGAGGUGUGUGGUUGUGCAGAAAGACCAACUGGGAUUCGGCUUCACUGUGUGUGGAGAGAGAGUCAAGUUGGUGCAGAAUGUCCGACCAGGCGGUGCUGCAGUAAAAGCCGGCGUCCAGGAAGGAGACCGAAUCAUAAAGGUGAACGGCUCGCUGGUCUCCUUCAUGUCUCAUCAGGAGGUUGUGAAGCUCAUCAAAUCUGGGCCUUACGUAGCUCUGACGCUACAAGGACCGCCGCCUGCAGCCGUCUGUGUCCCGUUAGAGCCCCUCCGUCCUGACCUCACACCCAGUCAAAGGACGUCUGUGACUGGGGAGGCUCCAGCCCCAAUGACACCACCUGUGUCCUUUGGACUGAGCAGCACCCCGUCCCAAAGAAUCACUGGACCCAAACCGCUGCAGGACCCUGAAGUUCAGAAACAUGCAAGUCAGAUUCUCAGGAAAAUGCUGGAGCAGGAAGAAGCCGAGCUGCAGAACUUGAUGCAGGAGCAGCUGCGAAACCCGUCAUCGUUGCUGGAGGAGCGGAUUGAAAGUGCCAAGAGGCGAGCGCACCAAGUCAGAGUGAAGAUUCAGCAAGAUGUGGAGGGAAGCCGAUCGGACUCUGUCACCAGCUAUGUGACUGCAGGAGAAGGUCGGGUAUCGGUGGACUCGAGUGAUGCCGAUUUGGAGGUAGGCUGCAGAACCGCUGAGGAUGUUUGUGUAUGUGGUGAUUCCACUCAUCCCGCCCCCUUCAUCCUUCCUCCUCCUCCACCUCCUCCCCAGGCCUUUGAGAGUCCCCACUCCUCCCCUUCAUCCUUCUCCUUCAGGACCCCACAGCACCGACGGCAGAACUCCGACACACGCCCCCCCUCUGAUUCGGGUGGAAAGGUCCAGAUCAUUGGUCCAGAGGAGGAGGAUGAAGAUGAUGGCGGGUAUGCAUACAAUGAGAUGGAUGGUCCGUUCCAGGAUAUUGAGCUGCUGAAGUCUCGGCCGGCUCACAUGAUGGUGUUCAUGAGAUACGUCUUCAGCCAGCUCCUUGACCCCAACCCCCUGCUGUUUUACCUGUCGGCUGAGGCCUACCUGGGAUCCAGUUCUAAAGACGCUCGCUCACUCGCACCUCAGAUCUGCUCCCAUUUCCUAGCUGCAGACGCUCCUCUGAGAAUCAAAGUCCACCAGGAGUAUCUCACUGACAUCGAGAGUCGUCUUCAUGCACAGGAGGACAUCCGGGGGCCUCUGUCUGAGCUGCAGCAGCAGGUCCUCCCAGACAUCCAGGAACAGAUCCAGGACUACAGGAACAAGCAGAUGAUGGGCCUCGGUUCCCUUUUUGGGGAGGGAGACCUGUUGCAGCUGGAUGGAGACACGGCGAAAGAGAGACAAGUGGUGGACAGACAGGUCACCGCCCUCUGGGAGAUAUUAUCAAAGCACGAAGAGGACAGAAGCAGCUCUCCUUUGGCGUCGGCGGUGCUCCUUUACCUGCGACAUUCUGGGAUCAAGCUCAGAGACUCCAAGGUGUUCCCCAGUCUAAGCACAGAGAAGGAGAAGUGGCUCGCCUUCUUAAAAACGAAGAAGCUAAGUGGUGCCAAGAAAGACAAAGAUGGUGAGGAUAAAAGGAGGAACCCCAUCCUGAAGUACAUUGGCAAACCUCGGACCACGUCCCAGUCCACAUUCCAUGUCCCGUUGUCCCCUACUGAAGUCCGUGCUGGCAACGUGCGGAACAUCAUUCAGCAGUUUGAGAACAACACAGAAACGGCAGGAGAGGAGGGGAGCGAUUCCACCGACACCCAGAGACUCUCCUCAGGCAGCCUGGGAGAAGAAUCCAUGGACAGCCCGGCUGUCUCUGUGCGUCUGGCUCGUAGCGAGUCGCUGAAGGCUCAAGGAGAAGGGCGCCGGCGCGGCACCGCCUCAGCAGCAGAUUCUGUCCCUCGCUCUCGCAGUGAUGUGGACAUGGAGGACUGCGGUGAGGAGAGGGACGGUCCAGGCCUCCGGGCGCUGCAGCACAGCGCCUCGUCGUCGGCAUCAAGCAGCUCUGCGCGGUCUCUAGAGAACCCUACACCCCCAUACACCCCUCGGUCUAGGCGCAGGAGCGUAGACUCGCAGCUGGCACUCCUGCCAGACGUGGUAGCGUCAGAGGAGGAGGUGCUGCUUGAUGGUCAGAACUGGCAGGAUACGGUGCCUCCUCAGCUGCUCGCCACACUCAGCCCGAGGGAGGUGGACAGGCAGGCCGUCAUCUAUGAGCUCUACACCACUGAGGUGUCCCACCUGCGGACCCUGAGGGUCCUGGACCAGGUCUUCUUCCAGAAGUUGCGGUCUGUGCUGUCCUCUGAUGAACUGGCCUGCAUCUUCCCCAACUUGCCUCAGGUGUACGAGCUCCACGCCAGUCUCUGUGAGGGAAUGAAGAAUCGAAGAGAGUCUCCCGUUGUCCAGGAGAUUGGUGACGUUUUACUGUCCAGGUUUGAAGGUGCUGCUGGGGAGGAGUUUCAGGAACAGGCGUCACAGCUGUGCAGGCAACAGUCUCAGGCCCUGGAGCUCAUCAGGAACAAAGAACGCAAAGAUCCUCGCUUCGCUCAAGUCAUCCGGGAGUGCGAGUCGAGUCCUCACUGCAGGAGGCUGCAGCUCAAAGACCUGCUGGUGUCGGAGAUGCAGAGACUCACCAAGUACCCACUGCUUCUCGACAACAUCAUCAAAUACACGGAGGCCGGAUCACCUGACCUCCCUUCGCUCCAACAAGCCCACGCUUGUUGUCGCGGGAUAUUGAAGUUCGUCAACGAGGUUGUCGGGGAAAUGGAACAGCAGCGACGCCUCAGCCAAUACCAGCGCAGGCUGGACGCGGCUCCUCAGUUUAAGAGUUUAGACCUGACCACAAAGAGAAUGAUCCAUGAAGGUACCCUCAUUUGGAAAGUCAGCAAAGAGAAGCAGUUAGAGAUCCAGGCCUUGCUGCUGUCAGACUGUCUCGUCCUGCUCCAGAAAGGCCCUGAUGACCGGCUGCUGCUGCGAGGUCCUUCCCGCUGGCUGGCCGGGGGUGGAGGAGGCAGCGCAGACACCAAGACCACCUUCAGCCCCUUGGUGAAGCUGGACUCACUGCUGGUCCGCUCAGUAGCCACAAACAACAAAGCCUUGUACAUCAUCAGCACAACACAGAGUCAGAUCUACGAACUGGUGGCUGCAUCGCCAAAGGAGAAAAACACUUGGAAAGAAUUACUUGAAAAGGCCAUCUCAUGUGCUGAUGGCUCACUGCCCCUCAUCAUUCAGGGGUCCAUGCCUGUGUCUUACUCAAGCCUCGGCAGCGAUUCCACAGGCUCCGCUGUUAGCCGCGUAUACAGAGAUGAGUCUCUGGUGGAGCCGUCUGUUUCCAUGGCAAUGGAGCCCUCGGAUGACAACAUUGUACUCUCACCUGAUACACCUCCAGACCAAUCAGAAUCAUUCCUCUGUGGUGACAAACAAGCAGUGGGUGUGGCUGAAGCCGCAUUACAUCACGUUGAAACAUUAAGGCAGCUCAUAUUACGAGAUCUCGAAGAAGAUGGGUGGAGCCACAAUUCAGAUGACACGCCCACCAAUGAGACAGCCGAUAGUAGGACCUCAUUUAUUGAAAGAGAGCGGCCGGUGUUGCUGGAAACGAUCCUGAACUUCAGCGGCAACGAAUGUGAGGAGGAGCCUGAGGAAGCUCCGCCCUCAGAGCCGGAGCGACCCAUUGUCCAGGUGGUGAGGAAAGCUGUGGUGGCGGGUUCUUCUCUUCCUGAUGACAUCACUGAUGUUGUCUCCCUCCUCUCAGACCAAUCAUCCAAGCCAAGAGGCGGGGCCACUACACAGGGAAACACUUUCUACUUGGUCAUGCCGACAGAACAAGGAGAGAGUGCCACUGAUGACAUCAUCGACCCUCCUGUGCCCACCGCCGCCCACUUCCCUCAGCAGUUUGAGGAAGUGAUCGGAGAUAAUGGACAGCUGGACGAGGAGACGCUGUCCUGCGGGCCAGAUCCCAACCAAUCGGAGGCCGUGCAAGCGGAACAGGAAGAAGAAACGCGCCUGCCGCAGACUGGGCGCCAGAGUCACGUGAUCAGAAAUGUCGAUGAGAUUUUCCACACGAUCGAGUGCUUGGCGAGCAAGCUGCGCCAGCUGAGGGAAAUAGAACAGGCUCAUCACACGCUUCUGAAAACCCUCAGAGAGCCAGCUGUCAAUCAAGAGUCAGAGGAGCCUCUGUGUCACUCGGCAACCAUCUCCAGGACACCGUCCUUGGAGCGCGGCUCAGGAGACGGCAAAGAGGGAAUUCCAGCAGAACCCAAGAUUCAGUCGACUGGAUUCUGAUCAGGCUGCUUUCUGUCGGGUGCGGGCGCUGUUGUAGCCCCGCCUCCCCUCGCCCUCACUCCUGCAUGCACCGACUCGAUGAGCAGAACCCCGGAAGGACUCGGGUUGUUUUUCUGUUCCCCUGAAAAAUCAGGAAGCCGGUUGGCUGGGAAUUCCCUGCUGGAGUGAUUAAACAAAACUAUGAAGGAAGCACAAAACAGAAGGUGAUUAAAACCGGCGUCCGGUGCGAGUGGGCUGAGAAACAAAAAGUCGCUAGAAUUGAAAUGGAAAGUGGGGGGAAAAAAAAGUUGAUUUGUUGAAUGGAUUUUAAGAGCUGAUUGAAGGCAGGAAGCAGAAAAGUGUUGAAAUGAUAAUUUAAGGAAAGUUCCGAGGGACCCGUCACCCCAGCACUUUACCCACAAUCCCUCUCUGGUGUGUACGUACGACCUUUUCAGCGGACACUUCAGGGAUGGAGGUGUUUUGUUUUUUCCUAACGGGCUGACCUUUGAACCAAGAUGGCGUCUGUGGUUCCCGCUGCACCUCACGGCUUCUUUACGCGGGGGUCAGUGGAUGUCGCGGCUGAGGUGCAACGUCUUUAUAAUCCAGGUUAUCGGCGCAGUUUGACGCAGAGCUUCUGCUCAGCUGAUUUUUUUUUUUUUUUUUUUUUUUUUUUCUCAAUCAGGGGAAACGCUUCACUGCACCAUUUACUACUGAAACUCUGUCAGGUUUUAUUUUCAGGUUAAACCGCAUCACCAUGAAACGUCUGUGUGCUGCAUGUUAAUCUAAAAUCCUGAUUCCCUGUAAAACACUAAAACCAGAGUCAGUGUUUACAUUCUUCUAACCCAGGACAGGAUUUUCCCCAAGUAGCUUCAGUGAGGACGAGUCGCUGCACACAGACUUUAUUUAUUUAUCGGCAGACGAGGGAAUUGAACCUUUACGUGUUUGUGCGUUAAUGUCACUCUCCGCGGAUCGUCCAUAAAGGACAAAAGCUACAUCAUCCUUUUUGUUUGUCUCAGCUGGGAUGCACAUAACCAGCAAAAAUAGAUGCUAAAGACAUGAGACCAAGUUAUUAUUUCAGCUACUUUCAUUGAAAACAUCAAAGAAACUUCACUUUUUCUUUUUUUUUGCAUUUUAUUUAAGAUAUUGUCUCAACACUACUUCAAAAGUGACAAACUGAUGCAGGAGCUGAACAUCACUCGACCUGUUACCACAGUAUGACACUGAAACAACCUUUUGAUCCAAAAAUUCUUUAGGAUUAGGGCCAAAUGUUUGUGGUAUCUUUGGAUCUACAGCGCAGAAUAACCGUAGUGAUCUAAAAUUGUGGGGGGGAUCCUUCAGAAAACUCUAAUUGAAAUGUAGGUCAACAAGUAAAAUGGAGGAAAAAUUCUGUCUUCUGUCAAUUUGUAAAACCGAAACAUAAUCUUGUUGGACUGCUUCAGUUGUACUGGUUUGACCUUUGACCUGAAUGAAAGCAGCUCCUACAGUGCCAGAAAAAAGAAUUGCACAGUUUUUUGUUUGUUUUUAUGCACAUUAUGAGCCGUUUCUGUUGCUUCUGCUCAGGUGGCACACAGCAGUUUGUUUUUACUUGGCUGUGCAUGUCAAAGGUCAACAGCAGAGUCAGAAUGGAUGUUGAACAGUUAACUGUGUCAUUUGUUUGAGUCCUCACUCUGUUCUUCAUGCAGGAAGAGCAAACUGUGUACACUGCACACAUUCUAGAAGUGUGAAAAUAUCUAAAGCUUAAAGCUCACAACACUAACUGUACUCAUCACCACACUACUUGGUGCAGCACACACACAUGCUAAAAAAACAACAGCAAAACAUAUUUCAGGCUCAGGUUUAGCAGAGCAACUUCGACAGCUGAUAUCAAUUCUUAAAAGUUCUACCAAAGUGAGAACUCUCCUUUUUUUCCUCUGUCUCUUAGCUGCUAUCAGUUUUUCAUGGGGGAAAAGUCUCAUAUCACAUCAACUCAUUUAGCGCACACACAGACAUGCAAUAUAUACACAACGUUGUGUGCUUAAGUGGCACACAAAAUUUGGUGUGGAAGCAAAACCAGAUGAUGAUCUUAACUGGAAUUAAUAUGGAUUCUUUAAAAAAAAAAAACUUUCCUUGUCCAUUCUUCAUUUUUUUCCUGAGUCUACCUCUACACUUGUACUUUUCAAUCAUUUUUUUCUUUGUGUUCAUGUUUAUUGUAUGCAUUGACAUCAGCGCUGUGGCCCUAACUGACUGUAAAGAAGUGAUAGCUGAUUCCAUUUUUUAAUGAUGUUGCACAAAUUAAAAAAGAAAAAGAAAAAUAUCUCCCUGCACGGUGCAAACUACUGUCCACGUAUACACGUUUGUUUAACUAUCAUCUCAUUCUUUUUGUUUGUUUGUUAAUAUAUCUACUCAUGUAACAUAGCAAUCAAACCCAUUUGUUUUAUACAUUUACAUUUUUGUGUUCUGUAAAGUCGUAAGUUCUUGUAUUUGAUUUUAUUUUUGUAGAUAUAGUAAUUAAAAAAAGAGUGGAUGUAUAAAUUAUUUUUCUCCCUCAUUUUUGAAAGUGGUGAGAUUGUUCGGCUGCACAGAAGGGGAAAAAAAGCUCAUCUCAGAUUAAUGUGUUUUAUGAUAUUAAAAUGAAACUG